AUGCUGAACCCCAAGGCAUCCACAUCACCGGCUGCCAAUGAAUUCCGCAGCGACACUUUCACCACCCCAACGCCGUCUAUGUUGGCCGCUAUGGCGACCGCAUCAUUCGGAGACGACGUCUACCAGGAAGACCACAUCACCACAAAGUUCCAAAAAGAAAUUGCACGAUUGACUGGGAUGCAAGAUGCCCUCUUCAUGCUUUCUGGAACAAUGGGCAACCAGAUCGGAGUCCGCGUUCAUCUCCACCAACCUCCACACUCUGUGCUAUGCGACUACCGCGCCCAUGUCUACGCCGAGGAAGGAUCGGGGUUGGCAGUGCUGUCUCAAGCCAUGGUGACACCCGUACACCCAGCCAACGGCAUCUACCUGACUUUGGACGAUGUCAAGAGGUGGACUGUCCUGGGCGAAGAUAUCCACACGGCGCCGACAAAAGUGAUUAGUCUCGAGGUGACAAUUGGCGGGGUACUAACUCCCUUGGAGGAAAUACGAAAGAUCUCCGAAUUCGCAAAUGCUCACGAUAUUAAAGUGCAUUGCGACGGGGCUCGCUUGUGGAAUGCCUCUGCAGCUACUAGGCAUUCUUUGGAAGACUACUGCCAGUACUUUGACACCGUGUCUAUGUGUAUUUCCAAGGGGCUUGGUGCACCAGUUGGUGGAGUCCUUGCUAGCACCGAGUCCAACAUCAAGCGGGCUAGGUGGCUGAGGAAGCAGCUAGGAGGCGGUAUUCGACAAGCCGGUGUUUUGACGGCUCCAGCUCUGGUAGCGCUGGAGGAAGUCUGGCCCACCAUGAAAUACACGCAUGAGAAGACCAAGAAAUUGGAGAAAGACCUGGCGGCGAUUGGUAUUGUGCCUCAGAUCCCGGUUGAUACUAAUUUCUUUUUCAUCGACGCCAAGAAGUCAAAUAUCGAUAUGGGUGUAUUGCUGGAGCAGUGUGGAAAGUUCAAUGUGAAGCUGAUGGAUGAGCGAAUUGCUCUGCAUCAUCAAAUAAGCGACGACGCCAUUGAAAACCUUAAGGCUGCUAUUGCUGAGGCAGUGAGAAUAACCAAAGCCCUGCCGCAAGACUAUGUCUCCAAGGUUCCGCCGGGUGGGUAUGGAAGCACCUCGAAAAUGAAUGAAUAUAGCUAG